ACAUUGCUGGCAGGCCUACGAUAACCAAGAAUGCUUGUUUGCAGAAAAAUGAUGUAGGAAAAAGCCAAAUAGUUAAGGGAGCUGAAACAAUGCCUUGGUGGGACACCAUUGCAAUGUAGAGAGUGACAAGAGCUCAGAGCAGAGGAAGGGAGUAGCUCCAAGAUAAAUAUCACUUAAUGGCUCAUAAUGACGCUUAAUGACAGACGACCGUUUCCUCGUGGAUGCGAGUAAAGACAGGAACAAACAAAAAAACACGACGCCCGCCGACAACAAUCUUGACGAGAGUCGCCACCAUCUUGAGAGGCCUCCGCUUGUGACGCAUUUGAUAAACUGAGUGCUUCAAGCCGCUUGCAUUCAUUUUGGUCCACGUUGGUUAAGAAGAGAGGCGCAGUCGCUUUCAAAUCCAUCUGGGGACCAUUUAUUCUCUUGGGACAUUUUCACACUAAGGAAGAACACAGAUGGAAAAAGCUUCAUCAAUUACUAGCACCAUGGAAACCUUGGACGCGUCCUCUCUCUCAGCUUCAGCUGUCUCCUACGACCCAAAAUCUGAGGCUGUGACCCUACCGGGAGGUGUAGUGUCAGUGGCGGGCAUCGCCGUGGUAACCGGUGGCGUGGAGUUGUCCUGUUCAUCCUGCAUGCUGGCCUUUGGCUUCUGGGGCACUCUCAUCGGUUUCAGUUGUGUGGGAGUGGGCGCGUGGGACCAGCUUAACCACUUCAGCGAAGGAACUUCUCACUUACUGGCGCUUGGACUGGUCAUCCUGGCCUUGAGUUUUGUGGUAGUGGGGGGUGUGGUGGCCUUCUAUGUUCUGACCAAGAGAAGGCGAAAAAGGAGGAGGGAGAGGCAAGACUGCAAGGAAGUGCUUGUGAAGGAGAAUGUGGUUAAACGGCUCACUGUGUAGUUAACACAUGAAAGAUAUCCAAUGGCAUGACACAAACAUGAAACAUUUUGAUAUCAUAUAUACCACAGACGCUAAUUAUUAAAUGUAUUCAGAAGAUCAAGCCCAGUCUAAGUUGCCUGCAAGUUUUGCUUGUCUGACCAACCAAUCACAAGAUAGGAAAAUGCUGACAUUCUUGAAGGCAGAUAAGACUAAAACGAAUAAGACAAACAAAUGCUACAGGCUGAAAUCUGAUUGGAGAAAAUAAAUAAUUCACACCAUUUUACACAUACUCCAAGAUAAGAAAUUAAGACAAAAUACAUUUUUACAGCUUCAAAUAACAUAUACUAAAAAAUGAUCAGUUCUACUACUGGUUGACUCCCAUGUUGUUUUAUAACAUUUCAAUAUUUCAAAUAGUUUUUCUGUCAUUAAAAAUGUAAUAAUAAAAUACUAUUUUACUACUAUUUUAAAAGAGUAUUUUUCUAAUCAUUAUAGUUCUCAUUUUAUGGUUACCGUAAUUGUCGGACUAUAAGCUGUUACUUUUUUCCCUCAUCUUGAAUCCUGUGGCUUAUAGUCCAGCGCGGCCUAUUUGUUGAUUUAUUUGGUAACACUUUAUUUGACAGCGGCGUCGUAAGACUGCCAUAAGACCGUCAUAAUUAUAACACUAUCAUGGGCAUUAAUUAAUGCUUAUGACAGAUGUCAUUUUCAUAGGGCAAAUUAUGUCACAAACUUCAUUUAUGUACAGCUCAGAUCUAUUCCAUUCAUUCAAAAGUGAGAUAAUUUGCCGGAUGACACAAAAUGACAUGUCAUAAGCAUUCAUUAAUGUUCAUGGCAGUGUCAUUUCAUAAUCAUAAUGUUCUUAUGGCAGUCUUACAGCGCUACUGUCAAACAAAGUGUUACCAAAUACAAUAACUAGCAAUUAAUGAAACAACUGGAACAGUAACUGAAGAAAUAAUUAGCACAGAACAUGAAUUUUGAUUGUUAUUUACAUCUGCAGCGCUGCAAUGCAUGCUAAGAAGCAUGUUGGAUGACAAGUGUUGACAGCAGGUGGCAGCUCCCCCAAGGGAGUAGUGAUGACCAAAUGGAAACUUCUUGAAACAAUGAAAGGCUGUUCAUUUGGUCUCAUGAUGCCGCUGUCAAAUAAAGUGUUUCCGGUUAAUACGUACAGUGUAUCACAAAAGUGUGUACACCCCUCACAUUUCUGCAGAUAUUUAAGAAUAUCUUUUCAUGGGACAACACUGACAAAAUGACAUUUUGACACAAUGAAAAGUAGUCUGUGUGCACCUUAUAUAAUAGAGUUAUUUUUAUUUUCCCCUCAAAAUAACUCAAAAUAUAGCCUUUAAUAUCCAAACUCCUGACAACAAAAAUGCGUACACCCCUUAAAACUACGUACAUCCCUAAAUGUGCAAAUUGAAUACUGCUUGUCAUUUUCCCUCCUAAAUGUCAUGU